UUCAAAUUGACAUCUCAAUAAGACAUAAAUCACAUUAUUCAAUACUCAAUUUCUUUCGUUUCUGAGUUUGACUUGGAAUCUAUUAGAUUACAUGCAUGUUUAAAUUUAGAGCAGGAUAUCACAUAAAACAAAUUGUUAGAUGUUCCUAUAUACAUUUCGAACUUCAUAAAGUAAAGUUCAUUCUCUAGCCCUAGUCAUCGUGUCGAUCUGCAGAACCUUGUUCUUUGUUCGGAUUCCUUACUUUUCCAUCGGACGGAAUGCUUUCUUUUCCUCUCGCAAGUGGAUGUACUUCAGCAAUAAAGUUUUGUUGAGAUUUUUUCUGAUGAAACUUCGAAGAGAGAAAUGGUGGAGAAAGUUUCUCGCAAAUGUUUUUUCUGAAUUUGAAAAGACACGAUUGAAGAAUAUGGGAGGAAGUGAAGCGAAUAACUGCUCGAGAAAGAAAAAACGCGCCGCUAAGAGAUCCGUUUACUGGUUUGUGCUUUUUAGAUUAAAUAAAGUCAACUAUGUCUUUUGGGCAUAUACAGGAUACUGAGGGUGGGCCGGUACACCAUAUACGAACGGUAAGAAAACUCAUGGUGGGCGAACUGUAAGAAAACUGUGUAUAUGCAUCACAGUUGCUACAAACGCGCAUCACCUCACGAUACAGAUACACCGAUCGAGACCCCCACAAACGUACGUCCAUUUGAUAAGGCCGGAUAUUAACCUUUUCCUGAAAUUAAGCUAUGGGUUUCAUUUUUUCGAAUUUGAUACUCUGUAUCAUUGUCUCCAUUUGAUAUAGAUGAUAUUAAUUGCUUACAUACCUAUUGUUUAUAUUAUUCCAAUCAAUGGCAGGAGAAGCCUUGGAUGACAUUCCUUCAAUACCAAACACAAUAAACGCUCAUAAACCCAACAAGAUGAUGGUUUUGCCACGCUAUCUCUCCCCUCCAUUGUCGUCCUGUCAUGAUAAAUGCAAGAAGAUCCCUGAGAAAAAGAAACAAUUUUCGUCAAAAACCUGUCAUAUAAAAUCUAAUAUACACAAGGACAAGAAAUCUGCAGCCGCUAAGACAAAAACAGAGUCCUCUGCAACAAGAAACAGACAAGUUUUAGGAUCUCCAGAAAAUCUGAGCAUAUCAAAUGCAAAGCCAAUGUUUUCUCGAUCAAGAACGACCCGAAGAACCAGAACCAGCAGCAUCAUUCCCAGGCGGGAAGAUCAAGAGGAGGAAUACCCUCCAGAGAAGACAAUAUACGUGAUUGAAGAAUGUAAAGAACAACCAGCAGCGCCGCCUGAUAAGAAAUGUUCAGAAGAUAUGGAGAAAGAAAGUUCCGAUCUUAUAGGGAGAGGGAAUAGUAUAUAUGGAACGUUGUGUAAAGAGGCGGUUAGUCCGAGGAAAGUUGUGGUUCCGGACAUAUUUGUACGAGGAGAGGAAGAUCCUGUGGAGUUGUUGUCAGGUCGUAGGAUGACUGACAGACAAACAGAAGCAGAGAAAAAUGUGAGGACUUUGAUCGGUGUUUUCGAAAGUGUGAUCUCUCUCCAUGAUGGCGCAUCCUCACCACCAUUAUUAAGAUGAUCGGUGAAUAUAUUCAUUUACAGAAGUUGAAUGUAUAUAUAUGAUGCAUACUUAUAUAUAUGACACACCACUUAGAUUA